AUGAAAAUACCUUCAAUAAUUGUAGGUUGCUUUUAUUUGGGAGGACGUGACUUCAAGUCACUGUUUUACAAGGCGAGAACCUAUGAGGACCUGACGCAUAACGUUGAAUACAUCAACAUCUUCUCAGUAGGCGCAACAGAGUACUUGGACAGUGAUGGUAGAAGUGACGCAAUACAGAAUCUUUUCAAUAUCGGGAUUUUGUCCCGAUUAAUGUUUGCUUUAGUUAUUGGAAUUGCUGUUGACCAAUUGGGCCCUAAGUUUACCUACGUCUUUGCACAGUUAACACAGUUCAUUUUCUGGAUUUUACUAGGAGUAUUUCCAACGAAUGGCACACUAGUCAAAGCUUGUUUCUUCUUCAUUGGAGCCACAGCUGAAGGCACAAUAAUUCCUCUGACAACAUUUGCGAAGAAAUUUAAGGGAAAUAAGGCCUUGGUAAUCGCGUUGACUACUUGUGGAAUUGGGCUAUCUAACGUUUUUACUCUUGUUUUAAGGUCAAUAUUUGAGAAAACCACAAUUAGAGAAGACCAGUUUUACAUUAUUAUGAUCGUUUACACCGUUCUGACAAACCUUCUGUGCCUAGUCCUUGGGGGUUUGUUCGUCCAAAAUAAACUUCCAGACGAUAAAAGGAGCAAGGCUGACAAGCCGGUAGUCACGUUUGGUGAUGUUGAAAUAAUUAAAUUGAGUGAUUUGUCUGAAGAUUCUCUGGAAGACCAGGAAUUCGGAAGUUUUGAGGGAUCAUUUGACAUUAAUAUGAGAAACUACUAUUUAAAAAAGAAUCUAACCAGUAUGUCUUCCAGGACCACAGUAAAGGAGAAAAUGAUGAUAUUAUACAGAAGGGUUAUGGAUUUUCUCACGUCAAAAAAAUUCGGAGAAUUAAUCAUCUCAGUCUCAUGCAUGUCUAUGCUUUUGGACUCCAUGGAGUAUUUCCGGAGGAUUAAGAGCCUAAUCCUCGUCUGCUCGAAUGGAAAAGACGUUAGUUUACUUGUAAAGUACUUUCAAUACUUGAGGUUUAUUCCAGCUCCUCUACUAGGCAUAUUAAUUGACAGAUUCGGGCCUGAGAUAGUGAACCUCUUCACAUACUUUUGCAUGUUUAUGUGUUAUUCGCUAGUAACAAUUGAUUCUUAUGGCACCAAAUUGGCAUCUGUUAUAUUCUAUUAUUUGGCAUUUUCUUGUGGAAUUCCGGGAAUAUAUUCGCAGAUUUUAUACAGAUUCUCAAAUAUGUAUGGAACCUCCUCUGGAUUAGUUUUUUUCAUUACUGGCAUUUUGGCAUCAUGUAAAUUCCCCGUUUAUAAAAUUUUGUUUUCCGAUUCCGAGGGUUUGAAAGAAUGGGUCAGGGAUACUUCAGUUAAUCUCUACAUCGUAAGUUUUUAA